AUGGUGGAAGUGGGGUUCUGCUGCCACCGGGUCUCAACCCUUAUCACCGAUCAGCUGGCUAACGGGGGGACUUACCAGAAGAAAGAGGAAGGUCCACGCAACAUUGCUGGCAAUGUGGUAAUGUCACUGCCAGUGUGCACAGGAAGUGAUGUCAUCACGAUGGUGAUACCUGGACAGUGCCCAAUUCAAGGAGCUGGUUUGGGACCAGGGUUGCAGUGGGCCAUCCCUCAACUCUCUCUUUCCUGUUUGCUACGGAAUGUGCCCCUAGUCCUGUAUAUUUCCAGUGCUCAUCCAAUGGGUGCUUCGGCCUUCCGAAUCCAGCGUGUACAAAGUGCAGAUGACUGUCAAGAUCACACUACGCAUUUCAGACCUACCUUUGCUCUGGCAGGAGAGCCCCUGGUCCUACAAUGCCCUCCUUUCCAAUACAAAAAUAUGGACUCUUCCGACCUGGCCCUUAAUCUCACUUGGUAUAAAAAUGGUUCAACGACACUUAUCCCAGCAGGAAGUGGAGAAAACAGAAUUCUGUCACAAGAUGACAUGCUCUGGUUUUUACCAGCCUCUCUGCAGGACUCUGGGGAAUAUAUUUGUACUCGCAGGAAUGCUUCAUACUGUGCUGAUGUGUCCAUUUAUCUACAAGUGUUUGACAAGAGUGCUUCUCAAGAGAUUAGCUUUCCCCAGAAGGCCUUCACACGCAGCCCUGGGAAGGUGGUUUGUCCUAACCUGAAAGGUUUUGUACAAAAGGAUGCCAGCUAUGAACUCAAGUGGUACAAGGCUUCGACACCUCUGAAUAUAGACAAUGAAAAAUUCACUGCUUUGAAGGGCACAGAUUAUCUCAUCAUCAAUUCUGUGACCUCAGAUGACGCAGGCUACUAUACUUGCCAACUGACCUUUGAACAUGAAACAACGCAAUAUAACGUUACCAGGACUGUUCGGCUACAGACACUCGAUCCAGUGAGGAAAAGCAUACCUGUGAUUAUAUAUCCAACAGAGAGGAUUACACUGGCAGCUAUGGGUUCCCGACUGAUCAUCCCAUGUAAAGUGUAUAUUGCAGCAAGCCAUGAGUUUUAUACGGACGUCUGGUGGCAGGCAAAUGAUACGGACAUUGAUUUGGUCUACCGGAAGGGCAGAGUCACGGAAGGCAAGCGCCACAUCCAAGAGUUCAAUACAGAUUUCAAGUGUGUGGCCACAAAUACUCGGGGAUUUCAAGUGCAUACGACGCAGGUCAAACGAGAAG